AUGUCCAGCCCCAUAGGACGACGAUUGUACGCAAACUUAUGUAAACGAGCGCUUCCCCUCUUCAUCCGCGCAGACCCUCACGCCUUCUCGUCUGCCUCCACCUGGUCAUCUUUCGUCAACGACGCCAACCCGUCCAGUACCAUCCAGAGUCUUUUCCAAAAGAAUUGGUCAAGGAGCUUCUCGUAUUCCUACCCCAAAAAUGCCAGGCAGAUAACUAGACGAUUUGCAUCGGGCGGUGCUUUGGUUCUUGGAACCUCGCCUACCUCUAAUGCGGUGGAAUCCAGUGCAUCAUGCGUUAUCUCCUCAUCAGAAAAGAUAAUAUGUCACGCCGGCCCGGGAUCCCUUGUGGAGAAACAGAGGCUGGAGAGCCUGGCUCGCAGUGCCUGGAAAAGAAGUCUACAUACUACUACCGCUUUGAACUCCAAGGGCGAUGUGCAACAAUCCACCCACAAAAACCACAGAGCGAACCUUCCAUCUGAUGAAACUGAGACCCUUAAUCGAUCAUCUGCGAGAUCACCCCAGUCAGAGCUAUCAUCGUCACACUCUAGCGGUAAUCAUGUCUCUGGCAAGACAACUCCUCCAACAGCAGGCCAUUUCACCGAUCGAUUACCCCAACGCCCAACCAAAGAGGAACUGCUGGCUGCUGCGACGGGUUUCUGGUCAAGACUCAAAGUGCGCUUCAAAUGGUUCUCAAUACGAAGUAUCCGGCCCUUCAAUGUAGACGAUAUAGGCGCUUUCUUUUCAUGGAUUCUCGUUGGCCACGUUCUUUGGGUGGUGCUUGGGACCACUACCUUUUUCUCUCUGAUAAUUUUGGCGAUUAAUACUGUUUUUGCCCAAGAAACCCUUGCGAGAUGGGUAGGUAACUAUCUAACCAAGUCUUCCGGGAUCACUGUUGUGUUCGAAUCAGCUAUUGUGCCAAAAUGGAAAGAUGGCGUCAUCACGUUCAAGAAUGUAUUCGUUUCAAGACGUCCUGGUCAAGGUACAGGGAAAGUGAGUAAAGGUUCAUCGAAGACAGCUGCUGAAACAGCUGCGGCAGCCGCGUUACGAGAUGAAUUAAAAGAAGGCGCCCAACACUCGGAUGGAGAGGAAGAGGAAGAUACAAACUACACACAGUUUGAUGUAUCAAUCAACACCGUUAAUGUGACUUUGUCGUUUACCAAAUGGUUCAAUGGCAAAGGUCUUCUGCGAGAUGUUGAGGUCAUUGGUGUCCGGGGCAUCGUGGACAGGACCCACGUGUGGUGGUCAGAAGAAGACCGCGACCCCAAAUCCUUCCGACAUGUGCACAAGCCGGGGGACUUCGAGAUUGACUCGUUUAAAAUGCAGGAUCUACUGGUGACGGUCUUCCAACCGGGUAAUUUUCGGCCGUUCUCUGUCAGCAUUUUCUCCUGCGAUCUUCCACAGCUUAGACGCCAAUGGCUCUUUUACGAUUUCAUGUCAGCAAACACGAUGUCUGGAUCCUUUGACAAUUCCUUAUUUACCAUCCAUCCCCGACAAGCGCAUUCCUAUACAGGGGUACAGUUGCACGACGGUAAAAAGGACAAUGGGGAAACAAGCCCAUGGAAAAAGCAUAGUCGAAUUCGGGUUGACGGGCUCAAUAUCGACCAUUUAAACCGUGGCGUUGAAGGCCCCUUCUCGUGGAUCCAUGAGGGUACCGUUGAUAUCGUUGCUGAUAUCAUGUUCCCGGCAGACAACGAUGAGAGUCUGGCCAAAGUCAUGUCGGACUUUUACGACCGCCUGGAAGCCACAAUUACAUCUAAUCGAUAUGAAACGUAUCUUCAUGGCACCACCCAAAAUAGAGAGAUUGGGAGUCAUGACGAUGGCGCUAUUGCUUCAGCUGUAAAAACAGCACGCGAAGAAGACAAGCGAAUUGUCGUGACUGAUCUUCGAAUUCAUCUAAAUAAUGUGCGAGCUGUCGUUCCACUCUUCACCAGGGAGCUGUCAUAUGUCAACAACGCUCUCAUUCGACCUAUUGUUGCGUAUAUGAAUUCUAAGCGCACCUUUAUCCCCAUUCAGUGCAGGCUCGUCAAGCGCGUUAGCGAUUUUAAUGGCAGCUGGACAAUUUAUGAUAGUGGACUGAUGGAUGACUUGUCGGCAGAGACAUACGAAGCCUUCGAGCAAGAUGUCGUCGAUGAACAGGCUCGGAAGCGCCGUUUUAAGAAAGUUGGACUGUGGUCCCUGCAACUUGCCGCUCAGGCGAUUCUGAUGGGCAUGGCUGGUAAUAUCGCAUAA